GACGGUUGAGAAACCGAGCCGAAUCGAUUACAACAUCCCAUUAUAUACCCUCUCUUUCCACUACCAGCGCUAUCUUAUACCUUGCAAAAUCGACUACUGCAACGACGACGAGCUCGCUGUCUUUGACGACGACGACGACAAACCCGCUCUUUAAUAAUGAAGUCACCGUCUCCUUCAGCCCGGUCACCGCGCAAUCAUCAAUUCGGUCACCCAACUUUAGACCACCAUCACUCCCAUCUCUCACCUGCUAGUUAUCAAUUACCGCCAAUAUCACCAAAGCCUUCUACAACUAAGACCUCUGCGUUCAAAGGUCUACAAUCUGUUUUUCAGCGAAAACUGCCCGAUCGUUCGCUGUCUUCCAAUUCUCUCCGUUCUUCUUAUUCCGCUUCCAACGCUUCCGCCACCGACAAUAAUCACAGCCCCCAUCCUUACGCUGUCAUGCCUCCUCCUGUACCUGUCGUAUCGUCAAAUGAACAUAUAGAUGACGAACAAGAAUGUCCUGUAUGCCUCGAACCUUUGAGCUUCAGCUUCAGACUUCCUGGAGAAAAGCCCCAUGUUGUACCAGAGUGUGGUCACUCUCUUCACGAGGCAUGUUUUACUGCAGUAUAUGGCCCCCCACCUGCGCAAUCUCGCUCUACAGUUCCUCGCAAAUCAAAUCUUGGCGUCUGUGGUGUUUGUAGACGACCUAUGAAAAUUGGUGAUGGUGACAGUAGUAAAACCAAUAAACUAGCCGCUCUCACUGGCAUGGGUGAUCCCCAUUCCGCUGGAGUCUAUCCUGGUCGAGACAUCUCGGGGUCACGCACACGUCGCAGCCCAGUACCUCAUCAACACUACGACCCCACAGACGACGACCCAAUAGACCACGCCGUCUCAGUAAAGUCAACCCCAAGCGAAUCCCACUACAUCGUCGCACCUUCUAUCCAAGUCCGCCCCGAAUUUUCUUCCAUCACUCGAAAUGGCGACGCUUGUCAACCUUUGACUUGCAUUGUCGUAAUCGAGUUACCUGCAAGGCGUGGGUCAACCCAUGUUCCGGGUCCUGUGAUGUCGGAUACAUACGGUGCUCGAAGUGCUCAUGGGCACUCACGAACCGAUACAGAGGAGAUGCCCCAUCCCUCCCAAAGACAAAAUGAUGUUUUGCGACGCCCAUCCCAAGCACAGCGUUAUGAUUCAUGUCCCGAGGCUUGGUCGCCUAAUACCGAGGCUGAGUCUUCCCGUUAUGCGCCAGGCACACCGCCGGAAGAAGAAUCACCAUUCAACGCUAUCGUUGAGGAUCUGCGCAACCGAAUAAUCGAUUGGAAAGGUCACGCGUUGUCCGGCCUCGGUCCCCUCCAAAUGUACGACAUGCUCUCUGUCCGCCGAGAUGCCCUUGUGCGGGAGUUCUUCGUAUACCUCUUCAAGGAAGCCAUCAUUUGCGUUGUGGAGGAGAAAAAGCGGUCUCUUGGCAGGUUCCUGUCGUCACCAGCUUUCAAUGACGCCUCGACUUCUGUCUCAGGGUCUAGCAGCCAGUCCAACAAGGGUGUCCUACGCCUCAAAGGUCGCAUUUAUGUGCGACAUAUCAAACGCAUUACUGCGAGCACAAGCGGAGAGAUGAGCCUUACAAUUGAAAUGGAGGAUGAGCGACUCGACUCCUUCAUUCUCGUUUUCAAAGACCGCUCUGCCAUGGAUGCUUGGAAGAGCCAGAUCCAGGGCCUCGUAACAUCCUUCCAGCAUCAAGCAUCGCCGCCGCAGCCGCCUAUUGACCGUGGCCUUGACAUGGAUGAGUUCGGAGGCUCAGCAAAGGCUGCGCGGAUGCUCAGCGGGUGCACUACGUCCACUUCGCCAAGCACCGUCGACAGUCUUCUCCAGGGCUCCUCACGUUCUACAAUGUCCUCCUCAACCUCCCAAGCUUCUUCCAUGCCGCAACCCAGACAAAUGCACUCCAAACUCCAACCUCUCGGUGAGGACGAUGUACUUUCCCACUAUGACACGCAUCCUUCCGGCCUAGUCGCACCACAUGUAUCUGCUGGACCCUCCAAUUCACUCGCUCCCCUGCCACACCCGCCACUUGAUCUCAUUCUUAUCGUGUCACUUCCUCCACCGAACGCUCCCCGCAGCACCGCCGCGCUCAAGCUCCGUGUUAUCAAGGCAUCGCUGGACUUUACCCUUGCUUCUCUCGGAGCCAAGGACCGUUUGAGUCUCGUGACUUUUGAAGUGGGGCCUGGCGGACGUGUGCGCAAGACACCUUACCUUUGUGUUGGAAAGGCGCACAGCCGAGGAAGGCUUUCCAAGUUCAUUGAUGAGAUUGGACGUUCAGAUGAGGGGCAAGAUGAUGAGUUCUUGGUGAGGGCCUCCAAGGAGGAGAAAACGGACGUUGUGACCGCGGUCAACCAUGGUCUCGAUGUCGUGCUUCAGCGCAAGUCCCGUAACCCCAUUUCGGGAAUGAUCCUCGUGAGCGAUGCAGCAGACAGCACAAGACGUGCACAGAUGGAUCUCGUCCUCGCCCGUGCCGAAGCUGGAAACAUGCCCAUUCACUCGUUCGGCUAUGGUCGCUCGCACGAUCCUGCUUCACUCUGGCUCAUGUCGAACCAUACCAGCGGGACAUACACCUUCGUAAAGGACUGGUACGACCUGCGUGACUGCCUCGCCGGUUGCGUCGGCGGCAUGAUGUCCAUCGGUCUGCUCAACAUGAAGUUGCACAUGAAAAUUGUCGACGGUCAACGCUUCCGCAUCCGCAAGGUCUCUGGCGGGCCUUCAUCUAUCCUCUCGACGGAUGGCCACAACGUCGACAUCGACGUCGGUGAGCUUCGCUAUGGCGAAUGCAAGGAGAUGCUCAUCGAGUGCGAGCUCGACAACACCGAGACGCGACGUCCUUCUGCGCAGAACGGUAAUCGCGCGCUCAAUGCUACCGAUCAGUUCGUGCAGAGCAUGGGUCUUGAUUCCUUAGCCAUCGAUGACGGUGCUGAUCUCGUGGAUGGCAUGAUGGACAGGAUGAUUGAUGAGGUUCCUGUGUUGGAAGUUGAUGGGUCUUUCUAUGAUCCCUCCGCAGCGAAACAAGUUUCACGUCUCGCGCACCCUGUGCUCUUGACCAUCACACUGCUUCCUCAAAUUACCCACGCCUCGCCUAAGCCCGUCAAACCCUCAGAUCCCGUGAUCGUUCGGCGUAGAAUGGAGCUUCUGGCAUCUGAUAUGAUCACGCGUGCUCUUGUCCUGGUUUCGAGGAAGAAUUACCCCCAAGCGCAGAAGAUCAUGAAUGAGACCAAACGUAUUUUGCACACCGUACUGCAAAGCAUCUCUAAAACGCUCCCUCCGCCCAAUACCGAAGGUACUACUAUGCGUAACCGCAAGGAUAUCCUCACUCUCGCUGCGGUACGCGCAAUGCAGGCCAUACUCCAAGACCUUCAGCUUUUGGCGGAGGCUUUAGAAGAAAAUGUCGAGCUGUUUGCCCAUGAUCAACGGAAUUUCGGUGCACAGCAGGCUAUGAUAUUGCGUGACCAGAAAAGCUGGAGUGGACGCAGCGCCACCGAGCGCCUGUUCUGGACCAUGGACAACUCCAUAGAGCUGGUUUCUCGAAGUACCGAUUGGGUGGCACGCGACUGAUAGUAAUACCCCGUGCCCCAAGGCGUGAUCUCUUUUUUCAUUAAUUUUUUUCAUAUUAUGUUCGAUGGUUACCCUAUUUAAUCUGUACAUGCUUUCUCGUUCUGUCUGUUCUGUUUUGUGGUUCUAUUAUAUGUGUGGUUUCCAACCCCAUUCCAUUCCUUUCCUGCGCCAUCGUCCUUCGAAUUCCUUGUCCUUCGUAUCACCCAGGUCUGUUUCUGGAUUCCAUAAUGUACGCCCCCUCGGUCACAUCCACUGUCGAGACAUACGCCUUGUGAUUUCUCUCCCCACCCGGAUGUUCCGUAUUCCUUGUUUGUUACUUGCUUGUGCGACUUCUCUCAUCGUAUAUCCACGCCCGCUUUGUCUUUGGCCCAAAGGUGGGAGUAAUGUAGUUGAUUUAUUACGUAGGAAAAUCACGAAGCUUU